CCAAUCAGCUCAGGGACACUGAACCCUUUUCUGCUUGUGCCUCUUUCUCCACCCAAACUCCACCCAGUAAUGUGACAGCACUGUAAAGGAACAUCUCAGCUGAUGGGGUUUAAUUUUGUAAAUGUUCCUGCCUCAAAAAGCUACACUGAGUUUUUGGUACCACUUCUAAGUUGGUGGUUGCUAUGGCUGCGAGUUCAUGCGAGGCUGGCUGGCAGAGAGGGAAGUGACGAUGGGGCUGUUGUUGGGACACGUGACUGGAGCUGCACUGAUAUGUUUUGACAAGCAGUGGGGAGGGAAGAGAGAGAGAGAGAGAGGAGGGGAGGCAGACUGGAAGCAUCACGACUAGGAGGACUCACUGUUCCUUUCAUCUGAAUAAUAUCAGUAUCGACUUAGUGUUCCAGUGUUUGUCAGUCAGUCUCAGGUGUGUCAGCGGGGAAGUGGAAACAGCUGAUCGGGGAAACGCUGCAGUCGUAGCCGAAGCAUCGAGCGAAGUUGUUGGUUCGAAAAGUUUUAAUGAAGAUCUCAAAGGAAGUCAGUACAGGUGGCGUGUCUAACAUUAGGUACAUGGAGACUGUUCGGACGCUGUGCGUGGACAGAAAGUGGAGCAUAUCCGUCUGAUGUUGGCUGUCUGUGACAGAGAAACAAUGUUGCGUUAAAAAUGUUCUCGUCUUAGCAAAAUGAGACAGUCCGACAUUGGAAUCAGUGUUUGUUGUUGAGCUGCUGCAGCUACCUGUGCUCACCGUGGGGGGGUUGGCGUGUUUGCUGGCUUCUUCGUCACCAUUGGACUCUUAAUCAAACAGUCAAAGUUAGUCGUGGGUCUGACUGUCUGGCUAGCUAACAGUGCUGAGUUAGCAGCAGAGCGCCGUGGACAGGAGAGGAGACACAGGGAGGGAUGCACCGCGACGUGACUAUGGUUCAGGUGGAGGAAUUUGAGACAUUCUGCGAGGGUGGCCUGCUUGCUAGUUAAAUCACUAGUCAGAUUGCUCACUGGCAAAACAGAUUGAUCACAUCUAACAGUAUCUGGCCGAUCUGAGAUCAGCUGUCUUUGUGUCAGUCAGUUGGACAAUACAGUGCGACUCCAUGGAAGCGUACAGUAGCAUGCUAACAAAGCGAGGCUUUGUUGUUGGAUAGGGGCAGCAGGCUUCACAGCUGAUAUCACUGCUUAGCUAACACAGCAGGUCUCAGUCACCGAGGGGUUUGGUGGUGGGGGGGCCCAGACACCGUUGAACUGCUGUCAAGGCUGAUUGGAAGAAAAAAAAGAGAAGACCCUGCAAGAGACCCUGAAGGCAUCCUGAUGACACUGGACAACAUGAAGCCUGAGCGAGAUGCAUCGGAGGAGUUUUUUCGAGUACGAUGCGGAGGAGUUCCUGGUGUUCCUGACCCUGCUCAUCACAGAGGGACGGACCCCAGAGUAUUCUGUGAAGGGCAGAACCGAGGGGCUGCACUGUCCACCGGCCCAGUCGGCCAUGCCGCCUCUUCACAAGCAUGAGUGCAGCGACAAACUGCCCCAGUGUCGGCAGGCGAGGCGAACCCGCUCCGAAGUGAUCCUGCUUUGGAGGAACAGUAUCCCCAUCAUGAUUGAGGUUAUGCUCCUGCCGGACUGUUGCUAUGGUGAUGAGUGCCCCCCGAGUGACCCCAUCAGCGACCCGGUCAUCAAACAAGAUGCUCUGCUGCUUGAGAGGUGGACCCUGCAGCCAGUCCCGAGACAAAGCGGCGAUCGCUUCAUUGAGGAGAAGACCCUGCUGUUGGCUGUUCGCUCCUACGUCUUCUUCUCCCAGCUCAGCGCCUGGCUCAGCGCCUCUCAUGGCAUCGUCCCCAGAAACAUCCUGUACAGAAUCAGUGCUGCUGAUGAGGAGCUGGUGUGGCAGUUUUCCCAGCCACCGUCAGAGCACAUCUUCCCCGUCCCCAAUGUAUCCCAGAGUGUUGCGCUUCAGGUUCGUGUCCAGUCACUCCCCCGCCAACCCACCUACCCAACCCUGGCCUGCAGCAUCCACACCGGCCUGCCUCCACUUUAUAGCAAGACCACCAGCCUCAGCCCGAACUUCAACACCCACGGUGGUCUGCCUACCUUCAAAAAGAGCCUGGACCCCAGCAAGGACAGCCUCCUUCACAACUCUAACAUGUUCAGCAAAAGCUCAAACUCCAUGUCCGGCCUCGUCCUCAAUGGGUUACCCAUUCCUAAUCUCCCCAUCAACAACAUCCCCAUAAACAGCCUUCCACACACUGCAGUGCCACAUCCUUACAGCAAGAAGGGCCAGGAGCCAUCUGAAGACCACACAUAUCAGAACGGAGAGCUCCCGCAGGUCAGCAUCCCCCAACGUCAGGGCUCCCCGCUUUUCCACAGAUCCUCCCACUCCCCCACGCCCUCCCGCUCCCACUCUCCCUCUCCACUUCCCUCAAGUAAAGCAGGAAAGUGGCUGUACUCGGCUCUCAAUGGUUCAUCUGAUUCCACACAAGUCGAGGACUAUGGGUGUGGCACCAACAGCAGCGAUAGGUCAAAGGGGCCCAUCCCUGAGCCACUGAGAGCAUUUAAGACUUUCUCCUUGGCUGAGCCGCCUCGCUGCCCCUCCCCGAGGCCCUCUGGGUCAGAGACGAACCCCCUGAUUGGCUCGUUGCUGCAGGAGAGGCAGGAAGUUAUUGCCCGCAUCGCACAGAGGCUCAACUUCUGCGACCCCACGGCACCGCCACUCCCUCCCGGCCUUUUUGCUUCUGACAACCCUCCCAAAGCCAUGUGGGGCAGUAACCAUGAGGACAUAACUGCCAGUAAGACCAAAGAGCCUGAGGUUCCGCCCUAUGAGUGUGUGGGACGUGUUUGGCCCAGUCCAUUUAGCACACCUGUGACUGAUACUUCGUACAGCAAACAGGAGUGCUCUUCUCCCAAACCUGCAGUCUGCAGGAAACUGAAAAUGACAGAGACAAGAGACGUUGAGGAGGAGAGGAAAGGAGCGAAAGAGAGAGUGAAAGAGAAGGAGAGGGAGAGAGACAGCUCUCUGAUUGCCCAGGCGGUUCAAGACAUUACUAGACUUAUCCAGGAGAGACUGUCUGUCCCCUCUCUGUCUCCCAGGCACAGCAGGAGUGGCAGCCCUCUGCACCAAAUGCACACAACAACAGUCACACACACGGUCCGCACAUACUCACACGCUCCACACAGCCCACAAGCCUCACACACUGCCACAAACGGCUACUCCAACGGCCACAUACCAAGCCACGAACCUCACAGAGGCAGCACGCACACCGCUGCCACACACGCUCCCAUUUGCACAGACAAGCCCCGAGUUGAUCCGGGGACCGAAUGCCAUUCAGCCCGGGCCCAAAAUGGUGCUCACUUUACACUUGAAGAACCCUCAUUUAAAGGCCAGUCCCACCUCCAGGCUGGUCAGUGUUUACGACCCCCCCCACAGGAAAAACUCAGAGUCAGGACACCCAGCAGCCAUGAACCCCCCUUGGCCCCCUCUAACCUUGAGAACAGCCCAAGGAAUGGACACAUAUUUAGUUGGACUUUCAGUGAUGCCAGCCCAGCUGUGAAGUGUCACAUAAGCCACAGUCACAGCAAGCCUCAGCACCAGACGCAGACAUGUGCACCUGCCCAGGCCUCUUCCCCACAGGAUGAGAACGUGGCACCCUCAGAGUCUGGAUGCUCCAGCACCACCAGUCCAGACAUGACCCCCCCUUCCUCUGUCCUGCGAGCCCACAGCCCCUCCCCCCUGCGUCCCUGCAACAGCUGGAAGAAACACAAUCGCCACUCAUUAGACGCCACAGCAACCAAGGCCUUCCACCCCUGCACAGGCCUGCCUCUGCUCUCCAGUCCUGUUCCUCAGAGGAAAAAUCAAACAGGCUACUUUGACCUGGACACCUCUCUGGCUGGCUGUAAGGGUUUGCCUUGGGCCUCUGGGAAAAGGGUGUGCCCAAAGAGAGAGGGCUACACAGAUGAGUCACAACAGCUGUUCAGUGCCAGCGCUCCCCCUGCCAGUCUCAGUCUGCUGGGAAACUUUGAGGAGUGUGUGCUGAAUUAUCGCCUGGAGCCUUUAGGGUUAGUGGAGGGUUUCGAGGCAGAGGUUGGGGCCAGUGGGUCCUUCUGCCCCAGUCACCUGACCUUACCUGUGGACGUGUCAUUCUACAGUGUCUCUGAUGACAACGCGCCAUCACCUUACAUGGGUGUGAUAAACCUGGAGUCCCUUGGUAAAAGGGGCUACCGUGUACCUCCAUCAGGAACCAUUCAAGUGACCUUAUUCAACCCAAACAAGACGGUGGUGAAGAUGUUUGUUGUGAUGUACGACCUAAGAGCCAUGCCAGCUGGACACCAGACCUUCUUACGCCAGAGGACCUUCUCUGUUCCUGUCCGCCGUGACGCAAACAAUCAGACCAGCAGGAAGCCCCUCUCCCUUAGCCAUGGGCGCACCUUACGCUACCUCGUUCACCUGAGGUUCCAGAGCUCUAAGUCUGGGAAGAUCUACCUCCACAGGGACAUCCGUUUGCUGUUUUCUAGGAAGUCCAUGGAGGUGGACAGCGGUGCUGCCUACGAGCUCCAGUCCUUCACAGAGUCUCCCAUGGACCCACCGUUCUCUCCUCGCUGCUGAGGACAGACACCCUCACUCCCUCCACCCGGCAGGCUGGGACUGAAUCUUCAAUCACACUUCAAUGCCAGCGAUAGACUCUUACUCAGCCCAUGGUUAGCUGAAAGGCUCUAAAAGAGCAGAGACUUAAGGACAGCAGUCAACAAGACUCAUCUGGCCUGUGCCCAAAAUCUUCUGUUUCAUCCUUUCUGUCACUCAGAACUGACAGAGGUCGAGCUAAGAAGCUGGGAGACUCGUCAGAAUUGAACCUUGUACUCUGCUGAGAUCAGAGUGGUUUGGGUCAAGAGUCAGACAGUAAUGCUUCAGAUCCUGUUCUCCUGGUGAAGAAGACCAGAUAUGAUAGGAACUAUUUUUCCUGUGUGUGUCCGCUCCAGCGUCUGGCAGGAGAGUAGAGACCAGUGAUUAUCUACAAAACCAGUUAAACCCCUCAAAUUCAUCAAAUUACUAAUUGGAAGUCUUUUAGACAUCAUAAAUAAAUGCUCAAUCUCAAUUUAUUUAUAAAUGCAAUACAAUGCCCUUUAAUGGCAAAGUAUUAAGUAUUAAAUCUUUGAAGAUUUCAUUGAUUGAACUGAACAUGAAGUCAGAUCUGACCCUGUGAUUCCUGAGGUCGGAGCAGAGGGAGUGUGUAUGGAAGACGAAGACUGUGGUGCAGCGCCAUGCCCUCGUCCAAAAAAAGGACACACCAUGGACCACUAAAGAAGUCGAACAAGCAAUCAAGCUAGAUUCAUCUGAACGCAUCAUAGCAGAACAUCAGAAGUGCACUGUGGAUCUUUUUUUCCUCAUUAUAACUGGAAACAGAAAAUAGUAAUAUUCUAAUACUUUUGUACUGUUACAGAACCACUUUAUUGGAAGUGUUGCAAUAGGAAGAGUAACCUUAGUUUAGUGUUUACACAUUCACUCUCAGUUUACUUAACCAUCAGUUUAUUUAAUAUUUAAAUUAAUAUUUCAGUUACUACUUGUGACGUCUGUCAUGCUAAGAUGAUGUAGUGCAAACUGUAUAUCAUAGUAUGUAUUUUUGACAUUAAUAUUCAAAUCUGGAAAAAAAUAUAUAUCUUCUAAAGCAAUCUGGCAAGCU